AUGAAAGCUAAAGUCCCAAAAGACUUCAAAGCCCCCGACAUAACCCCGUACGAUGGUACGUCUGAUCCGAGUCACCAUCUCAGCAAUUUUAGAAGUCAGAUGUAUCUCACAGAUGCCUCAGAUGCAAUCCAUUACAAAGCCUUCCCAACCACCUUGACCAAGACGGCAAUAAAGUGGUUCGACAGCUUGGCACCAAGGUCGAUAACAAGCUUUGAUGACCUCGCCAAGAAAUUCUUAGCUAGAUUCUCCAUCCAGAAAGACAAAGCCAAGCAUGCUCCAAGCCUGCUAGGGAUUAAGCAAGGAGAUCGGAAAAGCCUCCGUAGUUACAUGGAAAGAUUCAAUAAAACGUGCCUAGACAUACAAAAUCUUCCAACAGAAGCAGCCAUCAUGGGUCUCAUCAAUGGCCUACGAGAAGGACCCUUUAGUCACUCCAUAUCUAAAAAGUAUCCAACAUCUCUCAACGAGGUUCAAGAAUGGGUGGAAAAAUACAUUAAUAUGGAGGAGAACUCCCGAUUAGGAGAAACCUCAAAGACCGGAUUCUCCUACCCACCUCGGGACAAGGAUAAAGAGUCCAGGAAGAAAUACCUACCCACUGAGAAACCUAGAAAGUACCACAACUACACCCCUCUUCGGGUGUCUCUUGUGGACGUUUACUGGGAGAUAUGCAAUACUGAGAAGACCACAUCGCCUCGCCCGAUUAAACACGAGAGAGGAGAAAGUCAGACAGAGUAUUGCGAAUACCACUGA